UAAUUGUUUUGCAAUUUAGAUAGAAGUUCUCCAACUUUUAUGGUACCACAGUCUCUCUCCCUCUUUCCUCGUAUAUCUACUUCUUUGUAACUACCAUCAUCUCAAUGAACAUAUAUAUGUUACACUAAGUCAAUUAUUGUUAUUAAUAGAUGAUCAAAUAUGGCAACGGGGACUUAUGUUCGAUUAACAAAGGAACAAGAAUCCUCAUUGCAAAACAUUACGCCUGGGGAGCUUAAUCAACCCAUUGAUGUCCAAAAGUCAACUGCUAAAUGUGAGCAUUGUGGGCAAAAUCUACCUCCAUCCUACGAACCUCCAGCUGAUGAAGAUUGGACAACUGGAAUUUUUGGAUGCACAGAAGAUGUUGAUAGUUGCUUACUUGGGCUAUUUUGCCCAUGUGUUUUGUUUGGACAACACAUGGAGACUUUGAACGAUGAAAUUUCAAGCAGAGGAGCUUGUGUUGGUCAUAUGGUAUGCAUUGAAGGUGGAAUUGCUCUUGCUGCACUUACUGCAGCAUUUCAUGGCAUUGAUCCUGAUACUGCAUGCCUCGUUACUGAGGGUCUCCUCUUUUCCUGGUGGGUUUGUGGUAUCUAUACUGGCAUGGCUCGUCAGAUGUUGCAAAGAAAAUAUCAUCUUAAGGAUUCACCAUGUGAUCCAUGUAUGGUGCAUUGUUGUUUGCAUUGGUGUGCAAUAUGUCAAGAACAUAGGGAGACAAAGCUUCAUUUAUCAUGUAAUGAUAACCCGACAACAACAGUUGUAGAUCCACCAGCAGUUCAAGAGAUGACUUCAACUGAAAAUAAUGAUCAAGUUGUAGUUAAUUCUUCUGGCAAAGAAAUUGUACCGUACCAAGGUUUGGAGAUAGAAUCCCCAUGAAAUAUGUUGUAUUUUUUUUUCUUUUGUUGGGAAAUGUUUUUCAUUUUUUUGAGUUGGAAUUUAUCUGAAAUAACUUCUCUAUGUGCAAGAUAGAGUACAGUCAUCUCUUCAGACCUUAAUUGUGAGAUCACAUUGAGUAUGUUGUUGGAAAAGCAUUUUUUUUUUUCAUUUUUGCAUUGAAGGAUUUAGUCAUCUGACAAUAAAUAGAAUUUUUUUGUGAAACUACUUAUUAAGCAUUGUGAUUGCCCAUAGGGAAAUUACUCUUCA